AAUUCUUCAACCGUCUAUUCAUUGAAAGAUACACUUUUUGCCUUUCGGAGAAACGGUCUCUUACGACCGUUUGGGUGUAUUGCAAAGCAUUGCAAAGCAGGUUAGCGCCAAAACACUAACUACUGUACGUGUAUCCUCGCUAAAGUCCACGAUACGAACUAGCACAUGUAACAGGAAGGUAGAUCACUGUAACUCUAUUUUCCCAAGCUGUGAAGCGUAAGGAGCAAGCCCUGAUAGCCCGCGGCUUCGGAAUCCGCGGCUCCCACUUCCCUCUGGAACGUCGACCGAUUGCCGGUCCUCAUGGCUCAAUUCCUAAAUCGGGAGGAUGUUGAGGCCCUUCGGGCAUACGUUAUCGGGCCGGAUUCGGGCUUCGCAAAUAAAGCCGAAUCGACAGUGUUGCUGCACAUAACACACAGCAACCUGAAGGCAAAGUUCAUGGAGAUUCGUUUGGACAUGCAUUCCACCAUCGAGUCCAUCAAGGUCAAGCUCUCCUUCCACUGCGGCACCUCCCCCGCCGCCAUGCUGCUCAGCCUGCUGGACGAGUCGGGCGCCGCAGUGGCCACGCUGUGGGAGGACCACCGCAAGCUGGGAUUCUACUCGCCGCGCGACGGCUGCACGCUGCACAUCACGGACACCGACCCCGGCUCCGCCAGCGCGGGCGGCUGGCUGGAGGAUACCUCGCUGGUGGAGAAGUACCGCAUGAGCGACGAGGACUACAACAGGAGGGAAAAGACGUACCGCAAGUGGAAGGCCGAGCAGCUGGCCAAGGACCCCAGCUGGACGCUUGAGAAGGAGAUGGCGGCGCGGCGGGGGCAGCCCUACACCCCGCCCGCCCCCAAGGUGGACGACCCCGACCACAUGGCGGACAUGGCAGCAGGCAUGCAGCCGGGGCAGCGCUGCUCGGUGGACCC